AUGCAGCUGCAGAGGUACGGCAUCGUAUGGUCCCAGGAGUGUGGAGGCACCUUAAUCACAAGCCGGACUGUACUUUCAAAUGCGCAUUGCUAUGUGCAUUACAGUAAUAUAUCGAUUCCGUCACUGAUUUGGCGGGUCCGCCUGGGAUCGUCGUAUUCUUCCAGUGGCGGGUCCCUUCAUCAGGUCCACAGCUUUAUUAUUCACGAGGACUUCAAUCAACCGUCUCGCUUGAACAACGAUGUAGCCAUUGUCCGCCUUUAUGAACCUGCGGUAUUCUCAGAUAGAGUGAGGGUAGCUCAGAUAGCUGGAUCUAACUACGAUUUACCCGACGGCACCGCUGUCAUUGCUACUGGGUGGGGCGAUUGGGCGUCUGGAAGCCAAUCAUCGCGAUCGCAGCAGCUUCAAGACGUAAACCUAAACAUCAUCAAUCAAAAUGUAUGUGUACAAAGGUACGCCUUCCUUAAAUCGCAGCCUGGUAAUAGAGAUUUACCAGAUGUCACCCCUAGUAUGAUUUGCGCCGGUAUAUUAAACUUCGGUGGUAAAGAUACCUGUCAAGGGGACGGUGGCGGUCCUCUUAUACACAAUAAUAGUGGUGCAGGCCAUGUUAUCAUGGGAAUCACUUCUUGGGGAUACGGUUGUGGCCAUUAUCACUAUCCUGGAGUAUACGUUCGGAUCUCUGUCCAUGCCGCAUGGAUCGUUAGAAAUGGCUCAGUGUAAUAUUUUUACACUAAAGAUAAUUACACCAUUGGAAAUUGGACUUCUUUUAUCAAAUCUACUAUAAUAUAUUAAAGAUGUCUACAGAUUUGCUCCAUUUUUUGACGAUCGAGGAUUGUGAUCACACAAAUCUUGUAAAUCUGUAAGCAACAGAUGAUCGGUAUCGUAUUUUGUGUCGAUCAACAUGUGUCGGUCAAAAUCGAGUCAUCGAAAAUGUGCAAGAAGUCCUAUAUUCAAAGAUCUUGGUUUGUUACCCCUGCCUGCUUUUGUAAAAAAAAAAUUACAUUAUUUGUUUACUAAAACUAUUGUGAUCAAACCUCAAAAUUACAGAAAUCUCUUUUUGAAGUACCUACCUUUGUGCAUGUCUCAGAAUUUACAAUACAGGACCAAAUGACAUUAAGGACUUUGCCCAUUAAAUUAUUUAAGAUGAAAUUAUAUGAAUUGUUGAGGGAUAAAGUAUAUAGUAUUAGGGAUUUUUUUCAAUACUUACUACUAUAUAAUAGAAUUUAAAUUAAUUUGAGUACCCGUGACAAUCAUUAUUAAUGUGCAUAUUAUUAAUGUAAUACUGAUUAUAAUAUAUAAUUUGUGACGACCAAUUUUUUGCAUGCCUGUUUUAUUUUUGGCGAAACAUAUUUGUACUCACUAUAUUACUGGCCACCAUGUUUGUAGCAAAUAAAUGAUUUGAUUUGAAGCAUGCGAUCAAUUUUGUAUUUUUUGUAGAUCGAUAUGACAUGUGUCGAUCGUCAAAAAAUCGAUUAGGGCAUUAAUUUUAGACAUAACCCAUGACAGGCAGCCGUGACUAAGAGAUCAAUCAGUAAAAAGCUUUGGUUUGUUUAGGAAUGAAAGUAUUUACGCGAUUAUAAUCUGAAAACAAUAGUUUCAUUUCUAGUUUCCCUGUCUUUGUAUAUUAUUAAUUAAUCAAGUGCAUUUAUAUAUUAGAAAAUUUGGCUCUAUAAUUUCUCAAAGUCCAACCGUAUUUGCUUUUAUUUACGUGUAUUAUUUUGUAACGAACAUUUUGUUGUUUUAAGCAACAGAACUGUAGAGCUAUGAAAUGAGAUGAUGAAAUUACGGGCACGUGUGAGUUGGCGGGUUAACUUACGUGGCAGGGUGACGGGAGCAGUGGCAGUUCUCCUAAGAUCUUUGCGAUUUAAAGCUCCGAGUGGCACUGCAACUGUUAUUAGUGAGCGUGUCGCAUACCACUCUGGCACACUUGGUAUUAUAAAAAAAAAACCUUAACUUCUUUUAUUUCAAAUGUAAGCGAGUUUUAUUCCAAUGACAUACGUUAUGUUUUUGCUAUACCAAAACGAAGUGUAAUUGUUAGUAAAUUAACUUUAUCUUUAAUCUUACUUUGUGUUGCGAAUGUUAUGUUAUGUAUGAUUCAACUUAACUGUUUAGACUAAGAAAUUGUUAUUAAAAACUUUUAAGAACACUCGUUUAUUUUAACUUUUACGUAACACUGUUUAUGAGUCUUCUCAAGCGACCCGCCAUUGAGGCUUUAUGGGACUUUCAUCGUAAGAAUGCAAACAUUACUUCGUUUUGUUAUUGUUGCGAUAAUGACUUCCGGGAUCCGGAAAUUGGUAAAUAAAAACGCAAUUCAUAUGCAGGAGUUUCUUUUAUUUGCAUCAUGCUGACAAACAUUCAUAAAGAUUUGAUUAAUGAUUGAUUUAGCGAUCAGACCCUCAGUUCGUAUUCUUAGAAUCUGACCGACUGUGUUCCUGACUCAAGACCAAAAAUAACCAAAGCUAUCAGAUAUUAUUUAUAAUAUUGUUGUUACACAUAGGUACGUGGUGAUUUCUUGCAAGGUAUAUGUACUUUGUCUGUUACUGUACUUUGUUUUUGGCCUAUAUUAACUUCAUUUUAAUGGAAACAGCACAAAUAAAUUAAAAAUUAUAAUCUCAGUACAGAGUACUAAAAAUACCG